GUCUGCUUUUUUGUGGGUGUAACUAAGUGGACUAGAGGAUUAUAGAAUUAUUUUAUAUUUAUAACAUUUUAUUUACAUCCAAAAGUGAUGAAAAAUUUAUUAAAGUACCAUAUAAAUUGUAAUCUGGAGCUCAUAUAUUAGCUGUAUGUAUUGGAAUGCUGGGAUUAUUAAUAAAUUUAAUUCUUAUCUCUAGUUUGAGAGGCUAAAACUAGGCUACUUAGAGAAUAAUGUGUCCACCAUCAUUGAAAGUUUGAGAAACUUCCUGGAGUCAAGGAUUAAAAUGAUGCAUUACAGAGAGGGGGCUCCAAUUGUGGAUCUUCUUAAAAAAAUUGAUAGCUAUCAGCAGCACUAUUUUGUGAAUCACAAACAAGUAAUGGACACAAAUGAGGAUUUACUGGAUGUUGCUUCAUUCCUGCUGUCCAAUUCUCAUGUUAUUCACAAGCAGUCAUAUGUGAUCCAACUUCAUCAAUUGAUUUUAAGUCAUGGGUUUUUAAGAGGUGCUUUUUCCACCCCUGGGACCUUCCAGAUAUUUGAUAGACCAGCCUUUGUAUUACAAACUGGGAGAGUAACAAAGGAUGGGCAACAUAAUCUGAAGUUUCCUGGUUUUCCUGAAAAUUUGAAAGAUUCCAGUAUUACAACAUUGGAAAGGGAGAAAAUGAAAGCAGACAGUCAGAGCAUUUUUAGCAAACAUCCUUGGUUAACUGACGAGUUGGAAGUCAGCUAUAACUCCUUCUUAAUGUCUGAUUUUGAUCACCUGAAUGAUAGUAUAGUCACAACAGUUGUAGUCUACAAAAAUUUGUCAAUCUUCCUUCCACCACGAUUCUUGAUUAGAAAAGGUGAUCAUGAUAUAGAAACUCAACUAUGCUCCUCGAUGAUGGCAGUGGUUUUAAAGUCUAGACACCAAAUGAUUGGAUUUGAACCUAAUGAUCUAAAAGUUCAAUUAACUCUGAAGAGAAAAAUUUCCAUUAAAAUUGGAGUUCAAAAUGUUUCUUGUGCUGUGGUUUCUUUUGCAGAAGGAAAAUUUAAAUUUCAUCUAGAUGGUUGUCAACAAACUCUGAAAGGAAGUUACAUAGUAUGUGUCUGUAAUCAAACAGGGUUUUUUGCAGCUUUGGCAACAAUUGUUAAUUCAGCCCCCCAUACUCAUGAAAGAUUUGAUGUCAUUGUUGGUAUUGGAUGUGCUUUAUGCAUAUGUUUGGUCCUUGUGACUGUGUUAAUUCUACUGGUAUUUUGGAGAAGAAUUAAAGGACCUCUGACAGCUUUAAAGAUUCAGUCUUGCAUGGCUGUUCUUGGCACUUACAGCUGUUUCCUGGGAGCUCUGUAUGAGUCAUUUCACAAAGAGUACUAUCCACAUGUUGUUUCCCUAGUGAUGUUUUUCUUAUUAGCAGCUAUCUGUAUGCAUCUGUGUAUGGAACUUACUAUUUGCAUGGAGUUUGUGCAAUUAAAAACCAUACAACACCUAGAAAAAAAGAUUGCUGCAAUGGGGUGGGCUGUGCCUGUAAUAGUUGUAGGAGCAACUCUUGCAGCACAAGUUUUGGAAGGGUUUGAUCUUGACAGUUGGUGGUUAUUAAUUGGAACAAGUUUCUUUUAUGCAUUUGUGACAUCUGGAACUAUUAUUGUAGUGCUGGAGAAAUAUAUGAUCAGGUUAUAUGCUUAA